AUGCUGCAUCAACAUCAUCCUGCUCAAGCAUCAGCAAAUCAGCCUUCCCUGCAGUCUACGAAAUCAAUCCGAAGAAAACGCUUUCAGAAUAACUCUAACAAAUUGAUUUUUAUUAAUUUUUUCGCAAUAAAUCAAUCAUCAUUAAUCUCCGUGAUUACUGAACUGUUGAUUUUACAGCAUUAUAUUCGUCAAAUUAAACGUCUUGUUGUUGAACGAAUACCCUCAACAGAUCCAGGAAAGAAAUUAGGAACUGUCGAUGCAUUUGAGAAAGCUAUUGAACUGCUUCGAACAACGCCUACGUUUGUAUCGGGAAGCACCAAUCCAAGUCUCAGUCCCCCUCAUUCAUGGUCUGACUCACCACUCGAAAAUUUAACACAUACAAGUGAUGAAUCAUGGAUACCUAAUGUAGAUUUCGCUCGACGGCAUAUUUUUUCCGUUGACCUCAGCUUGCCUGAUGGUCGAAUCGUUGACUUUCAGAAAGUAACCACGAAAGAACUGAGCAAUGCUUACAAUUUAAAUUGCGAUACGUGCUUUCUGGACUUUAUUACACCUUUCGGGCGACAAGCAUUGCUCGCUGGAGCAUACAAUAAUUCUACUGAUAAAAAGCGUAUACUCACGCGUUUUAUCGGUGAACGUGAAAUGGACAGAACUGAGAGGACAAACGCGCGCCUGGUUCUACCAGUAUCUGACGAUCACGAGUCGUCACCCACGGGGUCACCCUCACAAAUGAUCCAUCAGAACGAGAAUUUAAGAAUUAAACGAAUUUCCAGUAACGGAGCCAUCGAAAUGUUGUGUGAAUACAAACGUACAAGUAAUGGAGGCCCGAUAUCAAUGCAUAUCCACGCACUACAACUGGAAAGUGCAUUUGGUCCAUCAAAAAUUUUGAACACAUGUGUAUUCACUACUCGUCACUCAAACUCUUGUACGCUUACAUAUCUUGACUCGUCAGCAGCUAAUUACAUAGGCCAUUUACCUGGUGAGGUGAUCAACCAGUCAAUAUUGUAUCUUCUGCAUCCUUACGAUAUGGUUCAAUUCAAGCAGAUUCACGCUACUUUAAGCGCUCAACGAGAUGAAAUUGUACGGCAAUGUCGUUUGAGAUGGAUUGCCUUCAACGGCAGCAUAAUUCAUACAAACUCAGAGUGGUUCGCAUUUUGGAACCCUUGGAGUCAUAAAGUAGAGAGUAUCAUUGGAAGACACACACUGAAUGAGCAACCUAUAGGAAAUGCAAAUGUUUUAGCUGAGCCACGCACACCGCGCCUUAUUUCGCCCUUAGAUGAAUUGACUGUACGUCAUAUUGAAUCUGAAAUUACUGCUAUUCUUAAUAAGGAAUCGACACUGUUGAUAAAGGAGAAAUUCAAUUCAACUCCUGCUUUGCAUCAGAAAAUCUCAGAUUCGCUUGAUUUAAAACUGUCUGGCACUCAUCUUGGUGCAUAUAUUGAUAAUCUUGUUGAAACAUUUGUAAUAAAUGCGAGUAGUCCUGCAAAUAAGUAUUUGGCCUCAGCUGUAGAUGAUCAUCGAUCUACAGUUAAUCCGACUGAUCUUUCAUUAUCGAAUUCUUGCAGCACCAUACCUUUAACUUAUAACCAAAUAAACUGUCUGGAAAAUGUGCAUCGGCUGUUAAAAAGUCAACAACAUAUUGGGACUAUUGCUGCAGUGUCAACCGUCACUGAUUCACCACCUGAAAAUAUUUUAUCAUCAAAACUGCGGCCAUCUGAAGAUUCGAGAAGUCCUCUCCCUGUCCCAGAUCAGGAAGAUACCAGCAGGUUGGAUACAGUAGCACCAGCAAUGCCACUCACACGAGAACUUCUACAGCAGCAUACUCGAAAAUGGGAACAAGAAUACCGUGAUACAUGGAAAAAACGCCUUGGUCUUAAAAGAUCUAUUCGGCAGGCGGAAUUUGUUGUUCCGGUAUCUUCGAAGGUUUUUCGUGAAAACACUCACAGGUCAAUAUUAACGCAAAAUACACCAAUGAAUUUUUCUUCAUCUCGAUCUGAAUAUUGGCAGCCAAUGAAUAAAGAUGAAUAUUACCGAAGUUUAGCUCCAAAUCCACCCCCACCACCUGGCAAAAAUUUUCAGAUUACAUCUGUACCAUUACCGCCACCACUUCCUGUUGAAGAACAUCGUUCUGCUUUCGUCCCUCUGCCACCUAGUGUUGGCAGUAAUACUGAAAACACAUUAAAAUUACCUCGAGAUUUAUCACAACCUAUUAACUUAUCACUAAGCAAACAUAUACAUCAAACAUCACAUCCGUUGCUAGUUGCUCCAGUGGUGGUAUCAAAUGGAAUGGAACAAAGUUUUAUACCAAACUACCAACAAAAUCAUUGUCAUCAGCAACCACAUCGGUCAGUGAUAAAAACUGCCUUAACGAAAGGAAUAAUACCAUUUCAACAACAACAACAGCAACAAUAUCUGAUGGAAAGUAGGUUACCAUCAGUUAUAGGCAAUAAUCCACGACGUUAUUUAUCUACUGGAAACAUGGAUAUGAAUGUAGAGUGGUGUCCAAGCAAUGAUUACAGCGGGAUGGCAUUUGAAGAGGUUAAGCAAACUUGCGCAGCACGGUUAAUGAACAUGGCGCAACGAGCUCAACAACAAAAACAGUUAGAACAUGGACGACUACAGUCUCCGCUUGCUAAUUCUGCUGUCAAAGAAGCUACAGAUGCAUUGAUGUUGUUACAAGAAACUUCAUUCUGA